CACACUUCAUUUUGAAUGAGAGGUUGCAUAUGUUUGGCGUGGUUGGUUGUGCAUUGUGUGUUGUUGGUUCAGUUGAUAUAGUGUUGCAUGCCCCAAUGGAAAGAAAGAUUGAUUCAGUUAGCGAAAUAUGGCAACUCGCAACUGAACCAGGUUAUCAGUGUUAAGUCAGUGGCCAAUGCUUUAAAGCUCUCAUUUAAUGGAGUGAACCAAUUUGUCUACAUCCAAACUUGUGAUUAUAUGCUGUUUAGUGCAGCUGAAUUAUUUAAACAAGGUUGUCGUAGGGAUGUUCUUUGGACUAUGAUAUUGACAUGA